AACCCAAAAUUUACAAUGCCAAUAAAAAAGAAAUUGAACAAAUAAAGCGUAUAUUUCAACGAAACAAAAUGCAAGAACUAUUUUUGGAACGAUUCAAUGUGAAAUCCAAACAAAGAUGUUUUCAACAAAAACACUAGAUAUAGGUAUUUAUAGCAAUCUAUUCAUAUUACGGUCAACAACACUGCGGUAGUCAUUCCAUUUAAAGCCUUAUUCUUGAUAGUUUAUCACAGUUUCCCCUCAUCAAUACAAGAUUCAAUAAUUACUUAUCGGCCAAAGAUAAAAAUAAUAAUUGAUCUAAAAGUGCCUCCAGCAGAAAAUCUCAAUAUUUCAAAAUGGCCUCUUCUGAUUUGCACCAAUAAAGGGCCAAUAAUCUAUGGAGUUGACCACCUCCAAGCUGGUCCCAGACGAAGUAUUGGAAGCAUCCAGCUGCCACCUAUGCUACAAAUACUUGACAGUCACGCCGAUCCAGAGCAUUGAUGGCUGCACCAUCUGUGGCAGGUGCAACCCCAAAACAGCCAUCAAGGCCAUUCUCCAGUUCCACGGAAGCUUCUCCUCAGACCAGCCUCUCAAAGACCUACCAGUCAGCCUACUUGGAUACAUGACCAACCCAAAAAGCCUCUACCCGUGCGUGAACAGACUAGAUGGCUGUGGUGAGCUUCUGAAGCUCACGGACAUCGAGAAGCACGAGGAAUAUUGCUUGUAUGAAGACACAAGCUGUCCGAAAUGUAGUUUCAAAGGAGUGGGAAGCCAGCUUUGGCAGCACUUCAAACGCCACCAUCAAAAAAGCCUGUUGUGCAGCUCCACUCCGUUUUACGUGGAUCUCAGCCAGAGCUUCCAGGAGGUUUACCUCUUCAGGAAAGGCGAUUUUGUUUGCUGGCUGAAGAUGUUUUAUCAAGAGGAGUUCAGCCAGUGUCUUUUCCAGACUACCUGCGUGACCAGAGGUACCAGACGAUCCAAGAUAAAGUUGUCGCUCAAUAUGGAUGGUUUCGCUGAUGUUUACGAGUAUGUUGUCUUAUCAAAUCAGCUGGAGAUGCGCGAUAAGAGAGACUAUGUGAUAAAUCUGAAGAUCGACGAUAUACAUCUGAAGGAGACACCUUUCAUUGUUUGUAAAUAUGAUGUGGUAUCGUUAGACUGAAGUUAUAAAUACUUGUCUUUCCAGUGUUUUGAGAACAAUCGUUGAUUUAAACUAUAUAACAAAGCAUAUAGUACAAUUCGACACAUGUGCUAUGUACUCAAUGAAUGAUGAUUCGAAUAGAUAUAAUUGGCACGUAUAUGAACAGCUACAUACAGGGUGAAGACAUUAUAAUAGGAAUAAAUUCUCUAAAAAGGGGCUGAAAUAUUUUUUAUUGAAUGAAAAUAGAAUUUUAGGUGUAAGACAUUCACACGACAUGUUUCGCUAAUACAGUAGCUUCAUCAGAUGAAAUACUGGUACAAUGAAACAUUUCUACCAUCAGGAUUUCACCUGAUGAAGCUAUUUAGCGAAACAUAUGUCGUGUGAAUAAUAAUUUGGUGAAGUUCUCGAAUUUUCUAUGGAUUUCCAUCAAGAAACGACCAAGUCGAAAAAAAAUAUACAAGGUGUUCUUGAAAUAAGUGAUAUCAAAUUUUUUCUAAUGGGCAUGUACACCUCAGUAGAACUUUUAACUCAAACCAUGUUUAUAAUGAUCCGUUCAUACAUGAAUAAGGAUUGACGACAUAAUUUUAUCGAAAAAUUAACUGGAAUGUUUUAUUUUUGAACAUAAAUAAUAGUACCAUCUGAAAACGGACCCUCUUAUGACGUAGAAAUCUCAUCUCGCUAUAGUUAAAAAAAAUACCAAAAGCCCGACGGAGACUGAGGCAACUGAUAUAUUAAUUGUUUCAACUGUGAUCUUGUGCUAAUUCACUCUGUCAGAAAUCAUGUAUCAUUCAUCUCUGUCUGGAAUAGUCUUGUUUCAG